AUGGCCUCCACCCCCACCAGCUCGUCCUCCGACGACGGGGUCCCGGCUCACCUGUCCACAGACGCCCGCGGGCACAUUGUCUCGGUUGCCCGCUGCCACACCAAAGCCCACAAUGGCCGGCCGGACUCGUUCUUCGACUCGUCCCGCUUCAACAUCCGAUGGGUCGGCACCUCGGGCGUGCUCAUCAAGCACAAGGUCGGACACGGACACUUUGGCGACGUGUUUCUGGCGGCGGAAGAAGAGACCGAUCGGCCAUGCGUGAUCAAGGUGCUGAAGCCGGUCAAGCGCGACAAGAUCAACCGCGAGAUCAUGUUCCUUGAACACCUCAAGGGCGGCGUCAACAUUGUGGAGCUGAUGGCGUGCGUCAAGGUGCCCAGCUCACGGCUCAAGUGCCUCGUCUUUGAGUACAUCCACUCGCCGGACUUUAAGGUCCUGUACCCCACCUUUUCCGACCUGCAAAUCCGGUACUAUAUGUACGAGCUCGUCCGUGGCCUCGAGUACACCCACUCGCAAGGCAUCAUGCACCGCGACAUCAAGCCGCUCAACGUGCUCAUCGACCCCAAGGAGCACAAAGUCCGGCUCAUCGACUGGGGCCUUGCCGAGUUUUACUUUCCGGGUAAGCCCAUCCGCAAGUGGCCCGGGACCCGGUGCUACAAGUCGCCUGAACUCCUGCUCAACUACGAGUACUACGACUACUCGGUCGACAUGUGGGCGCUCGGCUGCAUGUUCGGCGGCAUGAUCCUGCUGAAGCACCCGCUCUUUCGCGGCCGCCACACCAACGCAAACCAGAUGGCCGCUAUCGUCAAGAUCCUCGGCACCGCUCCGUUCCUCGCCUACACCGAAAAGUACAAGAUCAAGCUCUCGCAGGACAUCGUCGCCGAGCUCAAAAAGUCGCGCGGCAAGCCGUGGGAGACCAUGAUUUCCAAGAAGAACCGUCAUCUCGCCUCGCCCGAGGCUCUCGACCUUCUCACUAAGCUCUGCCUCUACGACCACCACGAGCGCAUCACUGCUGCCGAGGCGCUCGAGCACCCGUACUUUGAUCCUGUCCGCGACGGCAUGCCCGCCGAGCUCGCCGCCUCGCUCUCUGUCGGUCCAUCAGCUCCUGACCGUGCCUAGAUGCAAUACCUCUCAUGAGCAGCCGUGAACAUAUAGAGUCAUGUUAUUAAAGAGUGCAAUGUGAGA